UCCCCCCGCCGCCGCCGCCGGCGGCCUCCGCGCGGGCCUCCCAGCCCGUAUUCCACUCACUUUGUUCUCCGCCUUUGUCCUAAUCCACACCAGCAGGUGGAGCCGCAGUUAAAGUUUCCGAGUCCAUUCCGGGAGCGGGAGCCCAUCUUGCUCGCCGCAGAGGCCCUCGCUGGAGGAGGAGGGUCAGAGCUCGGGUGCAGCCAAUCGCGGGCAACGCUGCUAGUUAUCAGAGCAGAAUGGGCUGUAGUUUAGUGAAAUAGGAAAGCUGCAAAACACAGUGGAGUGUUCCCGUGUAAAUAAAAAGAGGAAAAAAAAGUUUCUCAAGUCGCCGCUGCACGACGUCGGGCCGGCGCCGGGGCGGGGGUCUGCGCUCUCCCGAGCGGCCGCGCGCUGGACUUUAUUGUGCCGCAACAAGCCCCCGUUCCCAUUGUUUGUGUUUUUUUCAAAAUAUGGCAAAGGUUCAGGUGAACAAUGUAGUGGUGCUGGAUAACCCUUCUCCUUUCUACAACCCAUUCCAGUUCGAGAUCACCUUCGAGUGCAUCGAGGACCUGUCUGAAGACCUGGAAUGGAAAAUUAUCUAUGUGGGUUCUGCAGAAAGUGAAGAAUACGAUCAAGUUUUAGACUCUGUUUUAGUGGGCCCUGUUCCUGCAGGAAGGCAUAUGUUUGUAUUUCAGGCUGAUGCACCUAAUCCAGGACUCAUUCCAGAUGCAGAUGCAGUAGGUGUAACAGUUGUGCUAAUUACAUGCACCUAUCGAGGUCAAGAAUUUAUUAGAGUUGGUUAUUAUGUAAAUAAUGAAUACACCGAGACAGAAUUAAGGGAAAAUCCGCCUGUAAAACCAGACUUUUCUAAGCUUCAAAGGAAUAUUUUGGCAUCAAAUCCCCGAGUCACAAGAUUCCACAUUAACUGGGAAGAUAACACAGAGAAACUGGAAGAUCCAGAGAGCAGUAAUCCAAAUCUACAAUCACUUCUUUCAACAGAUGCAUUACCUUCAGCAUCAAAGGGAUGGUCCACGUCAGAAAACUCACUAAAUGUCAUGUUAGAAUCCCACAUGGACUGCAUGUGACCACCCGCCAUCCCUUUAGUACAAAUUAAGCUAUUAAAACACACAGAACUAUUUCCCUGAAAUUCCGUAAGUACAUAGUCAAGAUACAAUGUGAAGAAUUUGUUUUAAAACAUCCUGUAGAAAGUUUAUAAGAAAACCAGUAUUUGAGCAAAUUGUGGAAUAUAAAUACAACUAUUUUUAAGUAAUUUUUUUCUCUAAUGUGUUAUUUUAUUUGUUCUGAAACUAAUCUGAUUAAAACAUAUAUAUUAUUUUCUUCUCCUCUAUAUGUAAUUAAAGCACUUAUAAAGAAAAAUGAAUCAUUAGACCAGGUUGUAGAAAUGUCUUAGCCUCUUGGACAAUACUCUUUGGACCACUAUUUUGCAAACCUCUGAAAGAACAAAGUUCAUUUCAGCUAAAAUGUGUCUUCCCGUGAUAACACAUAAUUUGGUUUGAUUUAAGGGGCAACUUUCCAUUCUUUUCUCAGCAUGUCCUUAAAGAAGGGAUUUGAAGUCAACUGUAUGCUACCAAGAACUUUAGGAUCUGAUUUUCCAGGCCACCUUGAAACCUCUCAUGAAUACUAUUCAGUUCAUGUACUGUUAAUUGUUUAUAAGGUCCCCUGGCUAUGAUUUUUUGUUGUUGUAACAGUUGAGGACAUCAGAACACUCCUUGAAUCAUACAUUGUUAUUACCUGUCCAGAGCAGAUACAAACUCCCUAAGUUUUAAGAAUAGAAGAGUAUAAUGACUUGAUCCUAUUCAUUAGAUUUAUAAAAAUACUAUGAACUUAACUCUUUAAAACUGUUUUGAUAGGUCAUCUGUUGUUGGCACUAUUUAUAUAAAAAACAGUGGAUUUGGAAAGAUCUAUGAAGCUUUAUGAUAAUAGAUACAUUACUAUUUUGGAACUAUAUGUAUUUUCACAGGUAGUACUUGUCUCCACAUCCCCCGACACUCAUGCACAGUAAGAUUAGGCAUCUUUGUGGUUGACAUAGUCUAGGUAGCUUUUCCAGAUAAGUCUCUUAAAAGCAAGGAGUGCAUUAACUAAAUGGGCCAAAAGGUUCUUUUUCUCUGAUGAGAGCUAGGUCCUUCCUCAAAGUUUCUUAGGCUCCAUUAAAUUAAGUAUAGAAUAUUCUCAUUAUUUUUGCUGCUGAGCAACAGCCAUAUGAUGCAGAGUUAUGCAGUGCCUUCAUAUCUAAAACUUUUAUACUGCACUUUUUAAAGCUUUUAUUUUGAGGAAGGGAAAGGGGCAUUUGUCUGAAUAUGGAUUCUAAGUUGUAUAUAUUUCCUGUCAUUCUAAAAAGUGACUUUGUGAAGCAAAAUUUUGCUAAAUGUUAAACUUUGAAAAAUUUAAUAUGCCAGAUUAAAAUAUUGUCCACUAACUAGUUCACAGACUUUAAAAGUAAAAAUACAUCCGACUGUUAAAACAAUAUAAAGAAAAUUUCAUUUUUGUCUAAUUGCAAUUAAAAGAAAAUGUUUACAUAUUAAAAUGAAAAUAAAAGUAAUAUUUCCAACCAAGAGCUUAGUGAUUAAUAUAACAGGAACACAAUAUGUGCUUAUUAGAAAUAAAGCAUAUAUAAGCCAAAUUA